UACAGAGGGUGCGGCCUGGAGUAAAGGGCGUGUUGUUGUUGGCGGUGACACGCAGGUGGGCGGUACUUCGCAGUAGAGGGAGUGACGUAGCGCGUGUGUUAUCUGCAGCUUGUGAUUGUGUUUUGGUGCGGGCUCCCAGCUGGGGGUUGGCGGCGCUCGGUGGAAUCUGGAUUCCCGGUUUGUCUUGGUUAUAGUUGCACCUUUUGCUGACAUUCUGCUAUUUUAUGUUCCCGGAGCCAUGCGAAAGUGAUGAGAGGUCUAUGACUGGAGGUGACCUGUUGUGACUGCUGAACAGGACAAGGCUCAAGAUGUCUGAUGACUGCUUAUGACCUAUUCAGGCCAGGAAAGAACAGCAAAGACGCCCAGCUGUUCUGUUGGGGACUAAGGGGGAAACCAGCAGGUUCCAUAAAUCUUGGCUGGCCUGAGAAACUUUGACUGAUAGCGAUUGCUGCCUUUUGGCUGCGUCUUCGGCCUGUAGCGCUCCGUGUGAGAUUCUGCAACCAUGCCAGCGCUAUCGACUGGAGUUGGAAGUGACACAGGUCUGUAUGAGAUCUUGGCUACGCUACCGGCCCAGCUGCAGCCACAUGUGGACAGCCAGGAAGACCUGACCUUCCUUUGGGAUAUGUUUGGUGAAAAAAGCCUCCAUUCACUGGUGAAGAUACAUGAAAAAUUGCAUUACUAUGAGAAGGAGAACCCCAUCCCCGUUAUCCACAGUGCUACAGGCUUGGCAGAAGAACUGGCGGAGGAACUGCAGAGCAAGUCGCUGAACACUGAGAUCAGAGAGCUGCUGAAACUACUGUCAAAACCAAAUCUCAAGGCUCUUCUCUCGGUGCAUGACACAGUGGCCCAGAAGAGCUAUGACCCUGUGCUUCCUCCCAUGCCUGAUGACAUUGAUGACGAUGAAGACUCGGUGAAAAUCAUUCGCCUGGUAAAGAACAGAGAGCCACUGGGUGCUACUAUUAAAAAAGACGAGAAUACGGGUGCAAUCAUUGUAGCCAGGAUAAUGAGAGGCGGAGCUGCAGACAGAAGUGGACUAAUCCAUGUUGGGGAUGAACUGAGGGAAGUGAAUGGCAUAAGCGUGGAGGAUAAGAAACCAGAAGAAAUCAUUCAUAUUUUGGCGCAGUCCCAAGGUGCAAUUACAUUUAAAAUCAUACCUGGUAUCAAAGAGGAGCCAACGAACAAUGACGGAAAGAUGUUUGUUAAAGUCCUCUUUGACUACUACCCUAAUGAGGAUAAAGCUAUUCCUUGUAAAGAAGCUGGGCUUUCGUUCAGAAAGGGAGAUAUCCUUCAGAUCAUGAGCCAGGAUGAUGCAACCUGGUGGCAAGCCAAACACGAAGGUGAUGCCAAUCCCAGAGCAGGCUUGAUCCCUUCAAAGCAAUUCCAGGAGAGGAGAUUUGCGCUCAGAAAACCUGUAGUGUCGAACCAGCCGCAGAAAGUCCCCAACAGAAAAUCAUAUGAGGAAACGGUUGAGUAUGAGGAAAUUGAAGAAGAUGCAGAGUUUGCUGCUCAUAGCACUGGAACGUAUUUAGCCGGGUUUAGAAGAAGCUUUCGUCUCAGCAGGAAAGACAGAAAAACAAAUAAAUCUAUGUACGAAUGUAAGAAGAGCGACCGGUACGAUACAGCAGAUGUUCCGACCUAUGAAGAAGUGGCUUUGUAUCAGCGGCAGCCUAAUGAGAAGCACAGACUGGUCGUCUUGGUUGGACCAGUGGGAGUUGGUGUUAAUGAACUGAAGAGGAAGGUGCUGAUCAGCAAUACCCAGCACUAUGGAGUUACUAUACCACAUACAACGAGAGCGAAGAGAAGCCAAGAGAAAGAUGGCGUCGAAUAUAUAUUUAUUUCUAAGCAUUUGUUUGAAACCGACAUCCACAAUAACAAGUUUAUUGAGUACGGCGAAUAUAAAAACAAUUACUACGGCACAAGCUUAGACUCUGUCAGGUCGGUCCUGGCGAGGAAUAAACUUUGUUUGCUGGACGUGCAGCCUCACAGCUUGAAACACUUGAGAACAUCUGAAUUUAAGCCUUUUGUUAUAUUUAUCAAGCCUCCCACUAUUGAGCGCCUGAGAGAGACACGGAGGAACGCAAAGGUGAUCUCCGGCAAGGAUGAGAGAGGGGAAGCCAAAACCUUCACGGAUGAAGACUUUGAAGAGAUGAUUCAGUCGGCAGAAACCAUGGAAGCUCAGUACGAUCACCUUUUCGACAAAACCAUAGUCAACGAUGACCUUUCUACAGCGUCCAAUGAACUCAGAUCAACCCUUGACAGGCUGGAGACGGAGGGCUUCUGGGUCCCAGUCAGUUGGCUGCACUCAUGAGCCGUGUCAAACAACACCAAUUGUUUUAGAUUUUAUCGUUUAUGUAUAUAUCACACGUGUAAGCAUUUUGUUGGUGGGCUUUUUUUAUUUGCUCUGGUGGAACUCAUUUUAAAUAUCGGUCUCGUUUUUUCUUGGAUACUGUGGAAAUUAAUUUUGGAAAGGAAGAGAAUGAUUUUGAAUACAUGCCUUUCCGUGUUCUAUAAUAUAAGGGGAAAAGUAUGUGCAGGGGGUUUCGAGCAAGUAACUGUAGCGUUUUAAGUUGUCCCACACGAAUGAAGCCAAUGAAGGAUAUCAGGGCUGCAGUUUUUAUUGUAGGGCAGGGAGUUGGUUGAGAAAUGUAUAGUUCACAUGCGUUGCAAUUGUUCUUGGCAGCCAAGUUGUGCAGUGAGCUUGGACUUUAACUUCAUCGCUGUCAGGGGGCUCCUUUCAGUUGGGCUCUUCUUCCCAAGGUGAUCACUUGAGCUAUAAUAUUACACUGGAAUACCCAAAAGACUCUGGGUCCUUUUUUGUUUUUCUUGUGAAAUGGUGCAGCACAGUCUUUUUGUAGCUUUCAAGAAAAUUAUUUUUUCCUGAUUAUGUCAAGGCCAUUAUCAGUGAUUAAAUGUCUAGCACUUGCUUUUGCUUGCACCAAGUUUGUGUGUGGUCUUCCUGAAAUAUUCAGGUGUUCCCUUCACCGUCCUAUUGGUGCAGUAUGUUCUGUUUGGUUUGAAGACUCCACAAUCACCUGUAUGUUUGAAGCUGCACAGAGUGUGAACAGGAAACACGUGAUUUCACUUUAUUGCAAUUAACCUUGAGAUAUGCUGGAAUGGGAUUGUACAAAACGCACUGCAGGGAAAUAAACUUUACACUGUAUCACAGCUGGUUAAUGGCCAAUGCGUUGGAAUGGGACAUUUCUCUAAUGGGAAGGGAAAAAAUAUUUGUAGAAGCAAAAGACACUGGGAAUGAUAUAUAUAGAGCAUUACAGCUGAAGGGCCACAAGUCUGAUUUGCUGCUUUUGACUUCUCUGGUCUGAAUUUCUGCACUGAUAUUUGCCAUAACUUGUCACUAAAAGUGUAUAUCUACAUAAGAUGGACAUCAGAUGUGAAUGAGAGACAGUACUUUUGAUUUUGGGUUGGUCCCUUGAAACUGCAAACCAGCUGGCUGAUCAUCUCCAUGGACAGGCUGAUCACACCUUUGCUAUGAGUUUUUGUAUUGAAGUGGAGCCUUAGUCUUUAGGGCUUUGGCACAUUGGGGUGUUGGACACAGUCCCCCCUUUCUGCCUGUCAUUGAUCCAGAUAUUCAGUGCACAAACAAUGAUGGCUGGUGAUCUUGGCACACUGCUACGUGUGUGAGCAUUAGGGCACUUGUCAUUUAAUAGUAGUAUUUGAAAAAUUACUGGCAGAGACGGAUAUUCAGUCUGUUGAGGGAAGCAAAGGACAAAAUGCCUAGUGUGCCAACAGCCUUACAGAUGCUGCUGGUUGUAGUUCCACAAAUGCUAAAAUGGGGGUCCCCCAACAUGAUCAACAUCCAGAUGUACAGUAAAAAGAGUUAGGGAGCAACGCAAGCAUGAAAAAUAUUCCGGGGUGCUCCAGAAUAAGUGAUUGGCCAUUUGGUAGCCUCUAAGUGGACUGGCAGACUACAUGAGACUCUAUUUGGCAGUAAACAUGGUUUUUAUUCAAUUAAACUUGCCUCCAAGCCAGGAAUUAAAAAAUAAGCAACAUCAAAGGGGUUGGAGAGCAACAUGUUGCUCAUGAGCCACUGGUUGGGGAUCACUGUGCUAAAACAAUAAGCCUAAUGGUUUGUCACUGAUAGGUUUAAUGUAGUUAUCAAUAGAAAACAGCUCUUUCAUGGAUUUAAAGUGGCAAUACCAUAUUGCAUCAAACCAGCUCUGUCCUUGUCUCCAUCUGACAGUCUAUACACUUAUCACAAAGAAGCACAGACCUUGCAGGGAUUUCUCAUCUCAGUACCUUCCCAAUGGAAUCCCCUGUUCUGCUCAAAUGGACCUUACAUAGUUACAUAGUUAAAUCAGGUUGAAAAAAGACAAAGUCCAUCAAGUUCAACCCCUCCUUAUCUUCUUACAGAAGGACCUGGAAGAGCCGGAGGAUUUCAUCUCAUCGUGACUACUUUAAUAAGCAGCAAUGGGGGUUAGUGGAUGAUAUGCAGCCGCCCCACUGGAUACAAGGGAUUAACACUGGAUCUUUCAGAACUUUUAUCUCUGGCUUUAUUAUUUGUGCAGCAUGUUUCACUUCAGAUAUUACUAAGGCUUUGAAUGCACAGUGCACACGAUCAAACACUGGUUUAUAGCCAAUCAGGCAGCUAGAAUAUCAACUCAAGGAACAAGCAAAUAGGUGAAAAGAAGUCAAACCUAUUUGGAAUCAAUAGGAGCACAGAUCAGUGUAAUUUCAGCAUUGCUGUUGUAUGUGUGUUUGUGUGUGUGUGUAAUGCUGUGUUUCAUACUUGCUGUUUUUUUUGAAAAGACAAUUUUGGCCACCUGUUUCUAGGAAGCUCCACCCAUGUAAGGUUUGUGAACCUUCCGGGGGAUAAAAAUGGGUCUGUUUUGUAGCGGGAUACUGUUAACUUCAUUCACCCACAAGUUGUUGUUGAGCACAGCCAGUCUAACUGGUUCCCUUUAAUAUGCCUUAAAGGGCACCUGUUGGGUAAAAAUGUUAUCCCCAACCAAAGGUGCGUGCUAAUAGAGUCCGCAUUCCGGUUGGGGAUAACAGUAGGUUUUUUUUAAAAAAAAAAUGCCCCCACCAGCGCUAGGCUACUGGCAACGGGGGUGAGCUCCCGGUGAGAGCAGCCAUAGCCAUAUAUUAUGCCAUGAGCAUAAUGAAAAGUGCCCCAAAUUGCUCAUUAUGUACAUGCGAGUGACACAACAUGGCUGCUCACACUGGGAGCUCACUCACGGUGCGGGUAGCAUAGUGCUGGCGGGGGGGCAUUUUUUUUAAAAAAAAAAACGAGUUAUCCCCAACCGGAAUGCGGGCUCUAUUAGCCGCACCUUUGGUUGGGGAUAACAUUUUUACCCGAGAACAGGUGCCCUUUGAAACUCCUGCCGCUGACAAAGUCCCGUACCUUGUGGACUUCUCUAUGAACAAAUAAGCACAACGUUUGCAUCCUCACCGUGUUCUCGCUAAUGUGUCAGGCAUCACUCUCUGCUUUGCCACCAAAUUGGUUGAUUCACUAAUUGUGGGUGUCAGGUUGUGAUUUGCUGUUUUUUUUUUGUUUUUUUUUAAAGAUAUUCACUGUUUUUACAUUUUAAGUGAAAAUAUUUAAUUGUAAAUCACUGUUUGCCAUGGUAGAUUAUCGGUCUCCUCAGGCUUCGUACGUUUCCUCUUCAACGUCAUACUUGAACAUGUUGGUAACUUAACAGCUGAUGCGAUGUUUUUAAAUCUGUAAAUUGGAAUUCCACUUCUUAUGCAGGACAAUAAAUUAUUGACUCGGUGAA